AUGACUGAAUCAGCUUCGCAUCUCGACAGUGUUUACCCAACGCUUCCUAGUACGCUCCCUACGCCAAAUACCCAGAGCAAUGGGUCUCUUUCCCGAAGGCCGUCACAGGUCACUGAGGUAAUAGAGAAGGUCAAUACCAGGCUCAGACGCCUCUUUUAUGGCCGAAGAAGAUCUGCCGAAGAUGAACACCCACCACUCGACCCUACUGUUGCCCGACGCUCGAGCAUAUCUGACAACACAAGCCGCCCAUCUGAAGACCAAUAUGCCCAGUGUAGUUCGAAGGAUCUCGCUGGAAUGGGUCUGGCUGAUCUGCCCAAUGUAAGCGAGUACUUUGAUGUGAACGGCGAAGUAGGUCCUAGCUGCUUUUACUCCACUACUGACUGGGACACCUUCCAGGCAACGCUCCGAGCUCAAAGAAGAAACAACAUGCAGGCGCAAUGGAAGACCGAUCUACAGUACGAUGAAGAUAGUGAUCUGGAGCAACUCGACAAACAUUGGCAAUAUGAUAGUCGAGCUCAGAGAUACGAAGAGCGAGAGCGAAAAGACUCUCAAUUUAGUUUCAGUGACUUUUUGAAGCCUCAAAGGUCUAGCAAAGUGGACAAAGGGAAGAGUCGGAUGGUCUAUGAUGGUGAGGAUGGAUUUCUCUCACAAAAUCAACCACUUCUCUCUCCUUACCAGGAUGCUUCGUCUGAUACGGCCGGACCCUCCACUGUACGGACUGGUGUUCUGGUUCAUGCACCAUCGGACGAAAGCCAAAUCGUUUCAUCUGAGGAGUCCGUUGCCUGCGGCCACCAGGUCGCCAUUGGUCCACUACAGUCGUCAGCUCCAGGAUUACCAGAGGAUUACAACGGACCCAGGAGGAGGUCAGAGCUUGCCGCAAGGAAAGUAAGCGUGCGCCUAGUUCCACUUACGCCUUUCUGUCCACGAGACGAGCAGCGAUCCUCAACGUCUUCUUCAGUCUCCAGCUUCGACUCUCCCGCACCAGCGGCUAAACCGUCAAGGACUCCAUAUCACCUCACACAAAACGUAGUCAGCACACCUGCUACAAAUGCGAGCGAACCAGGUGCCAAUGGCCAUUCUGAGCCAAUCUCAAUACCGUCUCCAUAUCACAUCAGUCGCGGCUUGUCUGCGGUUCCUGUGGGCUCAGCCCAACCUAUUGACGACUCACCCACCUUCCCCCCACCCCUCGUCUCAUCAACAACAAACCUGCUCUCCCACGAGUACAGCCCAGAUACGACUCCCUCUUCACCUUCUCUUCAGCCCACCCUCGUUCCCUCUCCAGAGGCCAUGCAAUCACUCCUUCUAGGUCCACCACAACGAGCCUUGCUCCAGCGAUCUGUAUCGAGUGAUUCACGCAUGUUUCACGUUUCCCUCGAACGGCUUUCUACACCUGCACCUACGCAUCCCAUCUUGCCAUACCAUGGCCCUUCUACUGUUGACAAGAAGGGCGACUUAGUCCGAGGUUUAGAAGAUGAACCGGAUUUCAGCAUCACACACCCUGCGCCUCCCAGUCCGCUGAUCUCAGCCUCCCCACCAAUGGCUGAUGUGCCAUCGCCUGUCAGGCGUCGAACAGGGAGUCUAGAAGGUAGUGAAGAUCUACGAGCUGUAUAUAUAGAGCAAGGAAAAGCGAGCAUGAUGAACCGUCAUCCACGACGCCGGAGUCCGAGGAAGAGUUUACAGGGGAAGUUGUGGUGGGACGAGUCGCCGCCCAAGGUGUAUCUCUAG